AGUUAAGUUUGAAGAGGGGGGAAGAGAGAGAAACAUGGACAUGAAGAGGAGGAUCCACCUGGAGCUGAGGAACCGGACCCCGGCAGCUGUUCGAGAACUUGUCCUGGACAAUUGCAAAUCAAGUGAUGGGAAAAUUGAGGGCUUAACAGCUGAAUUUGUGAACUUAGAGUUCCUCAGUUUAAUAAAUGUAGGCUUGAUUUCAGUUUCAAAUCUUCCCAAACUACCUAAAUUGAAAAAGCUUGAGCUCAGUGACAAUAGAAUCUGUGGAGGUCUGGAUAUGUUAGCAGAAAAACUUCCAAAUCUUACACAUCUAAACUUAAGUGGAAGUAAACUGAAAGAUAUCAGCACCCUGGAACCUUUGAAAAAGUUGGAAUGUCUGAAGAGCCUGGAUCUGUUUAACUGUGAGGUUACUAACCUGAAUGACUACCAAGAGAGUGUCUUCAAGCUCCUGCCCCAACUGACCUAUCUGGAUGGCUAUGACCAGGAGGAUCGUGAAGCCCCAGAUUCAGAUGCCGAGGUGGAUGGUGUGGAUGAAGAAGAGGAUGAUGAGGAAGGAGAGGAUGAGGAUAAGGAGGAGGAUGAAGACGGCAAGGAAGAAGAGUUUGGUGAUGAAGAAGAUGACGAUGAAGAUGAAGAUGUAGAAGGGGAGGAAGAUGAAGAUAAAGUCAGUGGGGAGGAAGAAGAAUUUGGACAUGAUGGAGAAGGUGAUGAAGAUGAUGAGGAUGAGGAUGAAGACAAAGAUGAAGAUGAAGAAGAGGAAGAAAGCGGGAAAGGUGAAAAGAGGAAGAGAGAAACAGAUGAUGAAGGAGAAGAUGAUUAGUAAGACCUCAAUAAC